UGGGAGGGGGGGAGCGCGAGAGUGAGUGAGUGGCUGAGUGAGUUUACCCCUAUGAGGCGGUGAAAGGCCCGGGGCCUACCUCAGAGGAGCGGGGUCGCGGCGCCAGCUAGCAGCGGGCCCCCUCCCGGUCCCCGGGCCGGCGGCGCGGCGGCGGCUGGGUUGUGAGGAGGCGGGGAAGCGGGUGUCCGGCCCCAGCCAUGGAGGGCAUGGACGUGGACCUGGACCCCGAGCUGAUGCAGAAGUUCAGCUGUCUGGGCACUACCGACAAGGACGUGCUCAUCUCCGAGUUCCAGCGGCUGCUCGGCUUCCAGCUUAACCCGGCAGGCUGCGCCUUCUUCCUGGACAUGACCAACUGGAACCUACAAGCAGCAAUUGGCGCCUAUUAUGACUUUGAGAGCCCAAACAUCAGUGUACCCUCCAUGUCCUUUGUUGAAGAUGUCACCAUAGGAGAAGGGGAGUCGAUACCUCCUGAUACUCAGUUUAUAAAAACGUGGCGGAUCCAGAAUUCUGGGGCAGAGGCCUGGCCUCCAGGGGUUUGUCUUAAAUAUGUCGGGGGAGACCAAUUUGGACAUGUGAACAUGGUGAUGGUGAGAUCGCUAGAGCCCCAAGAGAUUGCAGAUGUCAGCGUCCAGAUGUGCAGCCCCAGCAGAGCAGGCAUGUACCAGGGACAAUGGCGGAUGUGCACAGCGACGGGACUCUACUACGGAGAUGUCAUCUGGGUGAUUCUCAGUGUGGAGGUGGGUGGACUUUUAGGCGUGACGCAGCAGCUGUCAUCUUUUGAAACGGAGUUCAACACACAGCCACAUCGCAAGGUAGAAGGAAACUUCAACCCGUUUGCCUCUCCCCAAAAGAACCGACAAUCAGAUGAAAACAACUUAAAAGACCCUGGGGGUUCCGGGUUCGACUCGAUCAGCAAAAACACAUGGGCUCCUGCUCCUGACCAAACCGAGCAAGAUGAGAAUAGACUCUCACAGAACUCUGUAAAUCUGUCCCCCAGCAGUCACGCAAACAACUUAUCAGUAGUGACUUACAGUAAGGGGCUCCACGGGCCUUACCCCUUCGGCCAGUCUUAAACGGGUGUCAGCAAGAAGAAACUUACAAAAGACAGAAGGCCUGACUUUGGUGGGGGGAGGGCAGGGGGUUCCUCUGGAUUGCAGACCACAUCGCAUGGACCCCUGGCUCUGACCCACCCCAUCCCGGAAGAAGAGGAAGAAGCAGAACAGACUAGUUUUGAGUAAACUCAGUAUGCAUGUGUGAAUGCUGAAUCGCUGGAAUGGUGUGGAGGCUCCAAGAAGAAAUCCAUGCAGCCGCCGCGGGCUCUGUCUAGUAGGCGUCAGUCUGACAAGUCAUAGGUCACUCGGGAAGGGAAAAACAGUUUAAAAUGGGGGAAAAAAGCCAUCUUUUUCAACAAAACUUAUUUUGCCUGCAGACAGGUUAUAGUUUUGAGCACAUGUUAAUUUUUUUCUCUUUCCCCACUUUUAUUUUUUUAGGUAAGGGAUAGCGUACUCUGUAGAAUAGCUGCUUGCUCUGGAAGCGAUUCAGGUGAAAGCUGGCGUGGCGUGUGUGGGGAUUCUGCGGGUCAGUGCCACAGGGGGCCCUGCCGUGCCACGUGACUCCGCGAGUCUUUGACCCCAUUUGUUUUCAGUGGCAUCAGCCAAUGAAUUAUCUACCACCCUUUUCCUCCUCCCUUCUCUUUAAUCUUCUGUUGAUUUACACCUUUAACAUUUGUAUUCGUCAACCCUGUGGCUUGUUACCAUCAGAACCUCUCUGAAGACCAAACUUCCCUGUGUGGCCCGCAGAGGAAGCCUUGAGGACAGGUCUCGGGUGACGUGGGAGUUUCGGAGCCCGAGAGGUGUCCUUCCUCACGCACUUGUAACAAUUCAAAUUGCUUUUCUUCCAUGUUUCUCUAGUCAGAAACACCGUCAUGCUUACUGCUUUUUUGGCUUCUUUAUACACAGUGGCUCCCUGUUCACUCUGGGAGCAGUGGCUCGUGCUGCGUGUAUGUGUGUGCCACGUGCACACACACGGGUGUUGGUGCAGCUCACCAGCGAGUGUGCAGCCGGAAGUGUGAAGGCGUCCAUGCUUCCUUGUGUUUCCUCUCAAUUGUCUUUUGUGGUGUUUUCACAGCCUGUUAGUGGAGGCUGAGCUGUCAAGGUACGAAAAGACAGCCAGAAAUGAGGAAUUCGCCGUGGGGAAGGGCCGCAGUUACUGACUGAUCGUGGAGACCACGAUGUGAUGGAAAUGAGAGAACCCCCGCCUUGAGCAGGACGCCUGGUUAUUGGGGGGCGAGGGGCAGCCCAGCCAGAGCAGAGGCGUGCUGGCUGGCUGGCUGCCGUCUUCGGCAGGUGGCCCCAGGGGCGUCCUGUGGACUCCUAGCAGGCUGAGGUGUGGGUUCCUCCGUGGGAAGCUUGAACCAGGCUAGAACAGCUGUCUGCCAAAGAUACAAGAAUAUGCAAAGUCCCUCUACUCUUCUCGCCCCCUCCUUCCCUCGAGUCUUGGUUGAUUUGACAGCCGGGGAUAUGGAUCUAGGGUGUGGUUGCCUGCUUGUUGCCACCCCCCCACCCACCACAGGGGUGUGAGAUGAGCAGGGAGACCAGGUGAGGAGUGGCUGCACGGGGUCCUAGAGCCUGGGUGUGGGUGAGGGUCUGCCUGCCGUCUGUCUCGGUCUGGGUGUCUGAGUUCCAAAAAUGUGUGUUGUUUGUUCCUCCUCAUCCUCUUCUGAGACUGUUGUUUUUAAAGCUUGAUUGUGGGAGAAAAGCUUGUAUGAAAUGACCCUUUGCCUCCUCCCCUCCCCCCACAUAAAAGGGGGAAUACAUUCUGGUCCACUGGAGAAGCCCUGGGGGAGAGUGGAGCCGGCCUGCUAAGCAGGGCAGUGCGUCUAGGUCUGGAGCUGGACUAGGGCUCACACUGGAGCACCCACUUUCUAUGCACACGAAGAGUGCCCCGUUCCUGAGCAGAGCAGACUGGACUCCCUGUUGGGUGCGCCAGCCACCACCCAAGCCAGGAGCUCACGAUGGCUUUUUGUCUGAGGGCCCUGUUAGGCCCAGGCUGCCGCUACUGUUGGUGCCAACGUCCUGGGACACCAGCACCUGGAGCCCUCCGUGCCCAGCCUUCUCCUGGCUUGGUGGCCCUCAGAGCAGCACAUCUCCAUCUGCCCCUGGCAGGAUCGUGGGAGGCUUCCAGCCCCUGGUUUCCUGGCUUCCUCAUCUUCCCUACGCUCGGGGCCCCUUCCCUCUUUCCCAGGAGGGGCUUCCUGCCGCCAUUCCUGCCGGAGGCGUCCUGCUCCUCUUGCUUGUGGGCAGCCUGGCCCGUCAAGGUAACUGUCCCACGCACGUUGGCUUCCUCCCAAGAACAAACCAUGUCCGUACACGUCCUUGGAGAGGUGAGCUCCUUGCAGAGGCCAGGGAGUAGGGGCCGGGGUCCAUGGCUCCCCCCACCCAGGGGCCUGUCAGCACGUUCGUUUGGUCUCUGACGUUCCUGGAGCCCUCGUCCCCUGCUGGUGGGGUGCCCGAGGCCAUCCUCACCCCCAGGAGAUUCUGCUAUUCCUCGCCACACGGCAGGCUGUCUCUGGCAGGACCAGCAGUGUCGUGCCCACGAGGUCAGGCAGGCGCCCUCCUUAGGGGCCUGAGUCCAGGGUGGGAGGCAGAGGCUCCGCCUGGGAAGAGCUUCCCUGUGUGCACGGAGUGAGGUGUGUGUGGAUGUGUGUGCACGCGUGCAUGCCUUCUUUUUCUUUUCGUCAUGGGGACAGUUGAAUUUGGGGCAUUUUUCUACAAGAAACAGCCUUCUCUCCCUCAGUAAGGACUAGCUAUAACUGAAGUCCAGCAAAGGCACUUCCUGCCUGGAAAGAACUUCACCAGGACAGCUGGUGUGGCCUGAGGGUGGCCGGGGUGGGAAGUGGGUGUGAGAAUAAACAGCUCCCCAAAUUCAGUCAGCCCCAGCAGGAGAGGAUGAUGGGGUUGCCAGGGCUCAGGAAAGCAAGCGGGUCCCCACUGCACCCUACCCUGCCUGUCCUUGUUUCCUGGGUGAGAGCUGGGCAGCGGUGGCUGCCCCUCCACCUGCGCAGUGGUGUGUAGUAAGCAAGCUGGUGGGUGAUUGUGGUGGGGCCUCGUGGGGCCUGGGAGGAGAUGAAGAUGAGGAGGUUUUCCUUACUGUAUAAAUGAAUAUUUGUAUGAUUAAAUUAACACACACACACAAAAACC